UUUUCUCAUAUCGUUGACUUUAGCGUGGUUUAAUUGGUGUCCAUACUGGAGAAGCUUAAUUUGUGUGUCCUUACAUUUAGUAUAUAAGUGAAUCGUGAGUACAUAAGUGUGUGUCGAUCUUUUUCCGCGUGUUUUGUGAUCGGGGGAAUCAUGAAGAGUCUUUGUUGGCUUCUGUUGUCGUUGUUUUGGUUUGGAGUUUUCCCGAUCCUUCGUUUUGCUGAAGGACAAAAUCAAGAAGGUUUUAUUAGUUUAGAUUGUGGCUUACCUCUAAAUGAGCCUCCUUACACAGAAUCGGAAACCGGAAUACAAUUCUCAUCAGACGAGAAUUUCAUCCAAAGUGGAAAGACCGGUAGAAUCCCUAAAAAUCUUGAAUCAGAUAAUUUAAAACAGUAUGCGACCGUACGAUACUUUCCAGAUGGAAUACGAAACUGCUAUGAUCUAAGAGUGGAAGAAGGGAGGAACUAUCUUAUUAGAGCUACAUUUUUCUAUGGAAAUUUUGACGGGCUUAAUGUUAGCCCUGAAUUCGAUAUGCAUAUCGGUCCUAAUAAGUGGACAACAAUAGAUUUGCAAAUAGUGCCAGAUGGUACAGUGAAGGAGAUCAUUCACAUCCCAAGAUCAAACUCUUUGCAAAUUUGUAUUGUUAAGACAGGGGCAACUACCCCAAUGAUAUCAGCUUUGGAACUACGACCUUUGGCGAGUGAUACUUACAUCGCUAAAUCUGGUUCCUUGAAAUAUUACUUUCGCAUGUAUCUUAACAAUGCCACCGUUAUUCUUCGGUACCCAAAAGAUGUUUAUGAUCGUUCAUGGGUUCCAUAUUCUCAACAAGAAUGGACACAAAUUUCAACAACUGCAAAUGUGUCCAAUAAAAAUCACUAUGAUCCACCCCAAGCUGCUCUUAAGAUGGCCGCAACACCUACAAAUCUUGAUGCACCCCUGAUGAUGGUUUGGCGUUUGGAGAACCCUGAUGACCAAAUCUACUUGUACAUGCACUUCGCGGAGAUCCAAGUCCUAAAAGCCAAUGACACUAGAGAAUUCGACAUUGUAUUGAAUGGAGAAAAAAUUAACACUAUUGGAGUUAGUCCUAAAUAUCUUGAAAUAAUGACUUGGCUUACAACAAAUCCUAGGCAAUGCAACAGAGGUAUCUGCCGAAUUCAGUUGAUAAAAACCCAAAGAUCGACACUUCCACCUCUACUUAAUGCUUUUGAAGUUUACUCAGUUCUCCAGCUUCUACAAUCUCAGACAAAUGAAAUUGAAGUGGUUGCUAUGAAGAACAUCAGAACUACUUAUGGACUGAGUAGAAUCAGUUGGCAAGGAGAUCCAUGCGUACCGAAACAAUUCUUGUGGGAUGGAUUGAAUUGUAACAUCACAGAUAUAUCUGCACCACCAAGGAUAAUUUCUUUAAAUUUAUCUUCGAGUGGCUUGAGUGGGACUAUAGUGCAUGACUUUCAGAAUCUAACUCAUCUAGAAAGUUUGGAUUUGUCAAAUAACACUUUGAGUGGAACGGUGCCCGAGUUUCUAGCCUCUAUGAAAUCAUUGUUGGUCAUAAACUUGAGCGGGAACAAACUUAGUGGUGCAAUACCUCAAGCUCUUCGCGAUAGAGAAAGGGAAGGGCUAAAGUUAAAUGUCGUUGGAAACAAAGAGCUUUGUCUCUCCGGUACAUGCAUAGAUAAGCAAAAGAAAAAAAUUCCAGUAACGAUUGUUGCACCAGUCACUUCCAUUGCCGCUAUCGUUGUUGUGUUGAUCCUCCUUUUUGUAUUCAAAAAGAAAAUCUCAUCAAGAAAUAAGCAUGAACCGUGGAUCAAGACGAAAAAGAAAAGGUUUACUUAUCCAGAAGUUUUGAAAAUGACUAAGAACUUGCAAAGACCUCUUGGUGAAGGAGGGUUUGGCGUUGUUUAUCAUGGUGAUCUAAAUGGCUCAGAGCAAGUAGCUGUUAAACUACUUUCCCAAACAUCAGCACAAGGCUAUAAAGAAUUUAAGGCAGAGGUUGAACUUCUUCUAAGGGUUCACCACAUAAAUUUGGUAAGCCUUGUUGGAUACUGCGAUGAACAAGAUCACUUUGCUCUCAUUUAUGAAUACAUGUCUAAUGGAGACUUACAUCAGCAUUUAUCAGGAAAACACGGUGGCUCUGUUUUAAAUUGGGGUACUAGAUUGCAAAUAGCUAUCGAAACUGCAUUAGGAUUAGAAUACUUGCAUACUGGAUGCAAACCAGCAAUGGUGCAUAGAGAUGUCAAAAGUACAAAUAUAUUGUUGGAUGAAGAGUUCAAAGCCAAAAUUGCGGAUUUCGGACUCUCUAGAUCGUUUCAAGUUGGAGGCGAUCAAUCUCGAGUUUCAACAGUUGUUGCUGGUACUUUAGGAUAUCUUGAUCCCGAAUAUUACUUAACAAGUGAGUUGUCCGAGAAGAGUGAUGUCUACAGUUUUGGGAUCUUGUUACUAGAGAUUAUCACAAACCAACGAGUGAUUGAACAAACCCGUGAAAAGCCUAACAUAGCAGAAUGGGUGACAUUUUUGAUUAAUAAAGGAGACACUAGUCAGAUCGUGGAUCCUAAACUUCACGGAAAUUAUGACACUCACUCUGUUUGGAGAACUCUUGAAGUAGCAAUGUCAUGCGCAAAUCCUUCUUCGGCCAAACGACCAAACAUGUCUCAAGUAAUCAUCAAUCUUAAAGAGUGUCUUGCUUCUGAAAACGCAAGGGCAAGUAGGAUUCAAAACAUGGACUCUGGUCAUAGCUCGGAUCAGCUUAGUGUGACUGUGACCUUUGAUACCGACGACGUGAAGCCUAAGGCAAGAUAGCAUAUACAUGUUCUUCUCUAAUGUGACAUAAACCAAACCUUUUUUCUUGUACCAAAAAAAAAAAAAAAACAAACCUUUCGAUGCAUAACUCUAUGUUAUAACCAUUGUGAAAUAGUUUUUUAUUUUAUUUGUCACUUGCCAUGUAAUGAAAGUUGUAAAUAUGAAUAUUAC